CAGUGUGUGUCAGUCAGUGUGUGUCAGUCAGUGUGUGUCAGUCAGUGUGAGUGACGCCGCGUUACAGCUGUAUUCCCCUGACAGCGAGUCUGCGGACCGCCGCUCAGUACAGGACUGAGGAAAGGGCGUCUAGUGAAAAGCGAUUCAAACAAAUGCCCGCACACCAAAGAGCACAGGAAGCAAGGGGAACCCGGACUGAGCGUGUGUAGUGCUAAAGAAGACACACUAUGUACGAACUUGUUUUCGUUUAAGAAGCGCAUGAAGGUUGAAGGGGAGACGGGGCGGUGUUGAAUUGCAACGCAUGGGUCCGGUUUUAUGUAAAACACAGAGAGACUCGCACAGCAGCUACACGGAAUACGGGCCUGUCCUUACCAUUACUGGAAAAGGAAUACUAUUGGAGCAAGUCGGUCUGCCUGCCUGUCUGUCACUCCACUGAACUGGAGACUCACUGUGCACUCUGAUCAAACACAGGCAGGCUGCGUGGAACUCCGAGGGGUACAGACCUCGCGGCACCCCGUCUUCACGAGAGCUUGGACAGACAUGGAUUGGACUUACAAGCUGGACAUGAUCGGAUUGCACACUUAACCCAUGAUUAAAAAGAGUUGGAGAGGGAGCGAGGAACAGAGAGAGAGGGGAAUGGAAAGAUGCUGGUGCGAUCUGUCUGUCUGUGUGAUGCUACAUAUUUAAUCUGCACUUGAGUCUCAAAGACAUACCUAUAUAUAUAUAUAUAUAUAUAUAUAUUAAAGCCUGUCUGUCCAUCUGUCUGUCCGUCUGUCUAUCUGAUUUAAACACCCUUAAAGAGGCUGCCUUGCUUAGUGUGAGUGUGUGAGAGAGUGAGUCGCUGUGUGUGUGUGAGUGAGUGAGUGUGUGAGAGAGUGAGUCUCUGUGAGUGAGUGUGAGUGAGUGUUUGAGUGAGAGAGUGACGGUCACUGUCUUGUUGCUUUUCAGGGUGAUGUCAGACACUGUUUGGUGAAACGCUUGUUAGAUUUAAUCAGUUUGACUGAAUAAUUCCAUUCCUGCUUGUGUGGGAUAGCUUGGUGACAGCUUGGAGGAACAAAACUGCUGUGAAAUCCUCAGCGAAAGAGACUUGGAUUGGAGUAAACGUUAUUAACAGUAGAACUUAUGUGGCUUCAUUCAUUGAAUGGAAUCAAAGUGGACUAGUUUCUAGUGGUUUGUCAUUGAAAACUCCAAUGCUUUUUUGUUUUUAGUCAAUAAUUCUGAUAUUCUUUCCAAGUAGCUCCUAUUUAUUAUGCAUCGUUGAUAUUUAUGAACAGUAACACUGGGGGAUUUGAACAGCUUGGUUUGAUAGAUGAGUUUGUGGGUUCAUUUAUUUUAUUAAUAUAAGAACCACACGCAGUAGUGAAAAUACGUCGGCCUUCUUUUUUUUUAUAAUUACAUAUUUAAAUUAUUUUAUUUAAUAAAACAUAGAGUGGUUUUUCUCUUAUAGAAACUUUGUUUUUCUAUUUUUGUUUUUUGAUUUUUCAGUUUGUGAAUGAAUUUAUUCAGUGCAAGCAAGCAUGUGAUUAAUUGAUUGUGCCUGUCUGUGUCCUUAUUUCUUUGUGUCUGAGUCUCUGUGUGUGUGUGUGUGUGUGUGUGUGUUUGGGUCUCUCCAUCAUCUCUGCCCCCCCCCCCCCCCCCCAGACGUUUCUAUAAAUGGUUGGCUUGGACCAUGCUCCCCCGUGGAAUUUAUUAUAGUGGUUUGGACCUGCCUGGGAGGGAGAAGCCUAGCGUGACCCUGAGCAGCUUCCGACCCCACGACCCUGAUGACAAAACCACACCCUCCCAGAAUGAUGACAUCACUGCCUCACACUCAUCCCAGCAUGCAGCAUCGCCGCAGGUUGGACUGGGACUCGGCUCGGGACUAAUGAAGACAAAAUGGUACUGCACACUGGAAACGCCUCCCCCUGCCCCCGUCGUGGAGGAGCGUGAGGAGGAGGGCGCUGUCUACACCGUCACACGCAGGCAGCAGCAGUCCCAGCACAGCGCCACCAGGGGGCAGCCAUGGCACGGGGACGGUGUUGGACACAGCGAGACAUGUCUGGUGCGCUCCAUCAAGGCGGGGACAGUGGACAGACUCGUCCAUCACCUGCUGGACUGCAACCGUCUCGGGGACUCGUCCUACGUGUCCGUCUUCCUGUCCACCUACAGGACGUUCAGCUCACCGGGACAGGUGCUGAGGAUCCUGCUGGACAGGUUAGAGUUCCCCCCUGUGGACUCGGCUGGUAGUGCAGAGAGGCACUCUCGAAAGAGACUGGAGUUCAACAACACUGUGUCGUCAGUGUUCUCGACCUGGCUCGAGGGGUACCCUGAGGAUUUCCGCGCUCUGGGGGACCCCUCCCUGCUCGAGCGCUUGGUGGAGGUGCUGAGAACCAGGCUGCCGGGGUCAGAAGUCAAGGGGCGCGCCCUCGUGCUGCUCAGAGAGGUCAGGGAGGAGCAGCAAACACAGGAGAGGAGAGCUCCAGUCAGUGACUCAGACUCUACUCUCUCCUCUCCGAUUGAUCGCUCAGACUCUGAUCUCCGCAGAGUCGAGCCGACUGACGUGCUGGGCUUCCCUUCGAGCGUCAUAGCGGAGCAGCUGAGCCGCAUCGAGACUGCCCUGUUCCUCAGGGUGGUUCCCUAUCACUGCCUGGGCUCCCUCUGGUCUCAGAGGGAUAAGAAGGGGAAGGAGCAGCUCUGCCCCUCGGUGAGAGCCACGGUGAGGCAGUUCAACCAGCUGACCAGCGCGGUCAUGACCUCCUGCCUCGGAAACACUGCCCUGCGCAGCCAGCAGAGAGCCCGGCUGAUCGAGAAGUGGAUCAGAGCCGCUGAGGAGUGCCGUGCUCGUAAGAACUUCUCCAGUCUCUACGCGAUUAUCUCUGCUCUGCAAUCCAAUGGUGUGCACCGCCUGAAGAGGACCUGGGAGGAAACAUCGAGGGAGGCAGUGCGGAGCUACGAGGAGCUGUCACAGAUUUUCUCUGAGGAGGAUAACUACUCACACAGCCGGGAGCUGCUCAAAGAGGAGGGGACCUCCAAAUUUGCCAAUGUCGGAAAGAAACAUCCAGAGAGCAGUCUUGACUUGCUCAAUAACUUUAGCUUGUCUUCUUUGACUGUGUUCCGUGUUCCGUGUUCCAGAUUUCACAGUUUGUGUGCUCUCUUUCAGAAUGGCUACAUCAACUUCGACAAGCGCAGAAAGGAGUUUGAGAUCAUUGCUCAGAUCAGACUGCUUCAGUCAUCCUGCAAAAACAGCACCUUCCAGACUGAUGAGAGCUUCAUGCACUGGUACAGCAGCCUGCCCAGACUCAGUGAGGCAGAGAGCUACCGGCUCUCCUGUGAAAUCGAGCCUCCUGGGGAACUAACCACUCCCACCAGGACUGUGAAACCAGCCGUGAUCAUCACACACUGCACUGACCUCCUCUCCUCCAUCGCUAGCCCGGCUGGGACGGGAGGGUUGAAGGCCUGGGACAGGCUCCUCCCGCUGGGGUCCCCGCAGGGCGCAGGUGACGAGUGGUUAGAGUAUCUCGAGGUGCCGGACAGCCAGCUCAAGCCAGUUAACCCCUUGCUGUCCAGAAUCACCAAGCACAGGAAAUCUCCCUCCGUUUCCUGUCUUGAUGCUGUAGCCUCUGCCCCUGGCUCUAACCACACGCCCUCACCCCAACCUUCUACUCUGACUCCUCCUCGUGGCUUUGUGAAGUCACACCGUCGCUCCGCCUCCUGUGGCUCGGCCCCGCCUCUUGGCACUGUGAAAGCAGAGUCAGACAUGCGCAUCAUCAGAGUGGAGAUGGGUCUGGAGGAUGGGAACAUGUACCGCAGCAUACUGGUCUCCAGUAACGACAAGGCCCCCACAGUGAUCAGUAAAGCCCUGGAGAAGCACAACCAGGAUCCCAGUAAAGCAUCCCAGUAUGAACUGGUCCAGGUGCUGCCCGAGAGGAAAGAAUUGACGAUACCCAGUACAGGAAAUGUUUUCUACGCAAUGAAAUCAUCAAGCGUGGACUUCUUGUUGCGCAAGAAGGGCAUGGCCUCGCCCCAGGUUCGACCAAUGAGCUCAGACCCUAACGCCACCUUCCCGCGAAUCAAAUCCAAGGGGCUGAAAAUCGCACGUGCGUUCUUCUGACCUCACUUCCUGUCUGCUGAGCCAUCAUUGCAGGCGUGUAAUCUGUGAACUCUGACCUCCAGUCCUUAUUGACACUACCUGACUGAGCCAGCAAGUGGAGGAGGAGGAGGAGGAGGAGUCACAGACUCAUUGCUUGAAGAAGCAGCAGCAGUGCUAAGCAGGCCUGACUGUGAGACUGCUGCUGAGCUUCACGAAAUCAGAGCCAACCACAAUUCCAGAAAAACUGAGACGCGCACUGAGACACACACACACACACACUGAGAAACACACUGAGAAACACACUGAGACCACACACACACACUGAGA